AUGGACGAUCGAACGCUUGUGUUCCCGGGGUACGCCAUCAAGCGCAAGGACAGGAGUGGUCGCGGCGGGGGCGGCGUAGCCGUCAUCCACCGCAUCGGCCUGUCCGCCGAGCCACUAACGGUACCGUCGGCCGGCUCGCCUCUGGAGACCCUGUGGAUCCAGCUUACCGGCCGCCGUCAGACCAUCGUGGGCGCCAUCUAUCGACCGCCGUCGGGACCUGUUGAGCCGGUGAUCGACGACAUGCGCGACCAGUUCGCCUACGUCAUCUCCAGGAGGACCCCAGUCUACAUUCUCGGGGACACAAAUUUCGACGCUCUCCAGGCAACGAAACCAGGGGUGAAGGAAUACAGUCGGCUGCUCGCUGACCUGUCGCUUCAUCAGCUGAUAACGACACCGACUCGCCCCGGACCGACUCCAAGCUUGAUCGACCACCUGAUCACCAACAAGCCAGACCUCACCUUCGAUCCACGCGUCGUCGCCUCCAACAUCAGCGACCACGACCUGAUCGCCGCGUCAGUGGCCGGAUUGAAAUGCCGUCAGCAGCCGAGAACCAUCACAGUGCGAUCGACUCGCCAUCUGGAUCAGGACGCCCUGCGUCUGGACCUCCUUCUGGCCGACUGGGACGGCGUCUACCGUGCCGACACGACUACAGCCAAAUGGGACGCCUGGAGAUCGGUCUGGAGUCCGCUGAUCGACCACCAUAUGCCGGUCCGGCAAAUCAGGAUUAAACAUCAAUCUCAGCCGUGGCUCAACGACGAGAACGUCAGAGCUGCGAUGGACGUCAGAGACUCGGCGCGUCUGGACAGGGACAGGACUCCCUGUGAAGAGACGGAGCGCGAGUUUCGAGCUAGCCGUAACGCAGUAAAAACGGCCCAGCACCGCGCCUGCGCCGAGUUCUUCCUCUCCUCCUACAGACGCUCCAGGUCCACCACUUGGAGGGACAUCCGCCGCUUCCUCGUCUGCUCUGACAAGCCGCAGCCGAGCCUUCACAGCCGCGAAAACCUGCAGUCUGGCUGGCUGAACCGCCUGAAUCUUCAUUUCGCUGGAGUAGGCUCGGCGGUCGCCGAGGGACUGGCUGCCUCGGACACCGGGGCGCCUCUCCGGCCGCGGCCGCCGCGUGUCGUUGCCGGCGCGUUUAGCCCGCGGCCGGCGACACUGCCCGAACUGUCGACGGCGCUCCAGCGUAUGAGCUCGUCCAGGGCUAGCGGAGACGACGGCAUCACCAUCGCCAUGCUGCGGAUGACCUUUCCAGUGGUCGGCCCGCACCUUUUGAACGUCAUCAACAGCAGCAUCAGAAGUGCUGAGCUACCUCCAUCUUGGCGUGCCGCGGCUGUCGUUCCUUUGCAUAAGGGUGGAGACACGGACGACCCCAGCAACUACCGGCCCAUCUCUGUUCUGCCGGUGGUCGCCAAACUCUUCGGUUAG